CACAGCUCAGAAUGCAAUCACAGGCAAAGCUAUAGUUUCAGGCCUGAAAGCAGAUGCUGGAGAUAUGUUUUGUGAGCAAUAUUAAUCUUACCCCUUAUUCACAGAUGUGGUCUGCUCCCUGCAACUCUGGCAUGUCUGAAUAUGUCUGCUUCAGAGGUAGAUUCGAGCCUGAGCAAGUAGCUAACAUUCCUGUGUGGAUGUUCCGGGUGCGACUCUAAGCGAAGACAAAAAGAAAUCAUGAGGAUAGCAUGGCUGGUGACGUUCUGAAUAUUAUACACUCCUGGGUCCUUCUGUUGACAUGCAUCAGUGGACACAGUACAGGAGCUUUAGGUACCAUUGGUCAGUUCAUAAAAUACUAUGAGGGGCUGACUUAUGACCGCCAAGUUUUACAUCAGAGUCACCAGCGAGUUAAGCGUGAAAUAGUGUCUCACAAGCAGCAGCUACAACUGAACUUCAGCGCUUUCCAACGGGACUUUAACUUGGUCCUCAGACAAGACUCGGAGGGAUUUGCAGAUAACUUCAAGAUUGACCUGGGCGAAAGAGACACUGUUGUGGACCUCUCUCAUGUUUUUUCCGGAAAGCUAGAAGAUGAGGACCAGUCCUCCUGCCACGGCUCUGUUCUCCAGGGCCUGUUCCAGGGCUUCAUCACCACCGCCAAUGGAACCUAUCAUGUGGAGCCACUCCAUAGCUACACAACCAACGAGUCAGAGUUCCAUUCCAUUAUCUAUCAUGAAGACGACAUAGACAUGUCCUCCCUAGGGAACAGAGUUAAUGGGCUCUGUGGGUCGGACCUCUUGGCGCACCUUGCCAGAAGCCUCAGACUGGAGGAGGAAGGGCAGGAAGAGUCACUGAUGAGGUCGAGGAGAACAACGGAUGAUUCCAAAACCACCUGUCUGUUGCACCUGCAAGCGGACCACUUCUACUACCGGAAGUUUGGUAGCGUGGAGGCUGUCGUGGCACAGGUAGCCUCCUAUAUGAGAGCUGUGAAUGAUGUUUAUGACAAGGCAGACUUUGAAGGCAUCAAGCUGAUCAACUUUAAAGUGAAGUCCCUCAGUGUGGUGACAAAAGAGGAGCCAGGCAACCCCAUGAAUGGACCGUUCAUUGGGCCAGAAAAACUGCUCAGUCUCUAUUCAGAGACCAACUGGGGAAACUACUGCUUGUCUUACCUGCUGACUAACCGUGACUACAGUGGAGUGCUAGGCCUUGCGUGGGAGGGAAAGACAGGUAACUGGGGAGGGAUAUGCUCUAAGCACACCACUCUGAGGAACGGCCGCAACUCUAGCCUCAACACGGGCCUGAUCACUGUGCAGAACUACGGCCAGUAUCUACCCCCCAGGCAGAUCCAGCUCACUUUUGCCCAUGAACUGGGCCACAGUUUGGGAUCUCCGCAUGAUGAAGGCCCAGCAUGUGGGAGCCUUGGCUCGGAGGGAGGCAAAGGCAGAUACCUGAUGUUCCCUCACGCCAGCAACGAGGUGCAAGAGAACAAUGACAAAUUCUCCCCCUGCAGCCUCCAGCGCAUCGGCCAAACGUUGUGGACAAAGAAGGACGACUGCUUUGUCGUUAGCGAUCAGCCCAUCUGUGGAAACCAGAUCGUGGAAGACGGAGAAGAGUGUGACGUGGGCCACAACGACUCGGACUCGUGCUGUUACAGCUCUAAGGAGUCGCUGGCAGUACAGUGUCGACUGAAACCAAAUAAGCUUUGCAGUCCCAGCCAAGGCCUCUGCUGUAGCCCAAGUUGUGACUUCAAAGCCCGAGGCACGCCAUGUGAGGAUGAGUCCGAGUGCGAGAUGAAGAGCGAGUGCUCUGGGGCCUCUCCACACUGCCCUGCUCCUCGUCCCAAAGCCAAUAUGACCGUCUGCAGUCUGGGCACACGCAUCUGUCUACAAGGGGAGUGCUCUCUGUCUCUCUGUGCAAAGUAUGGCCUGGGGCAGUGUGACUGUCCAGGAGAGUCCAUGAGAGAGAAAUGCCACAUGUGUUGUCAGCAAAUUAACGAACCCAAAACAUGUGCGAGCACUACCUCCUCUGUCCUAGCCAAACAUUUUCGGGGAAAGCGUGUGGCCUUGGUGGCUGGGGCUCCCUGUUCAGGGAACCAGGGCUACUGCGACAAGUUCCAAAUCUGCCGACUGCUGGAUGCAGAUGGGCCAAUAGCAAGGCUCAAGAAUGCCUUUCUUCAUCUGGAUGAUUUUGAUGACCUGGGUGACUGGAUGGUGGCACACUGGUGGGCUAUUCUUUUGGCCAUCCUCACGCUCUCUGCCGUUAUGGCUGGCACUGUGCUUGUGUUUGGACGUCCCUUGGAGAUAGAUGACACUGAGUAACCAGACAGCCUCCCUUCCUGCCUUGCCACCGCUGUCACGGGUGGACAGCCCAGUGCAGCCGUUUUGUCAAUCCACGGCCCUGCGAAAAGUAAACUUGACUGUACUCUCUGCAUCAUUUCUACUGAUUCAGAGCACUGUGAAUUAAUCCCCAAACCCUUUGCAGAAAAGUUUUGAGGAUGGAAAAACAUCUCCCAGCUUGUUAUUGUCUUUAUACUGUUGGUGAGCUGGCUGGGCUAAAUGAAGGUGAUCCCAGGUUGAGUCCCAUCUGUCCAAACAUGCUUUGACACUGUUUGAACUCUUCUGUGCACAGGCUUCCAAGCAUCUCCAGCCUCCCAUCAGGCUGUCCUUGCAGAGCUAUUUGAACUUGAUGUCUAAUUUGAGUCUUGACUGUGAUCCAGGUUUCCACGGUGUACUGCCCCCAAGAGCCUUCGACAGAAUUCUAUUCAGUGUCUCCAUAGAUAUGUAUGACAGCCAACCAGAGAAAGAUGUUUGUGCACUUUUCCACCUGCACCCAUACAUUAGGGGUUAAUUUGUGGCAGUUAGUAAAUCAAGCUGUUUGAUAGCAAAUACCUGAUUACUGCUGAGAAUCAAACAUGUUGAGCAAACAUCUCAAUUUAGUUGUACAUUUCUAGAGAUGCCAGAGGCAGUUGUUUUCAGGGGGAUAACUUUAUGGACCCUUUCAACAAGGUAAACAAAAACAAUGCUUGAACAUUCUAUUUGGGCCCCAAUCUACUUCCUCUGCAUUAA